AUGGAACUGCAGGAGAUGUUUCGUUACGGAUACAUGUUCCCGCCACGUGAGGACGAGUCGUUCGCAGCCUGCGCGUACCUGGACCUGCCGAAUUACGCGAAGACGAGCAAGACCGUCGGCCUGCCGCCCGUCAGCACCCUCGCCGUUCCGCAAAGUCUCAUCUACGACAGCAGCAAUUGCAGCGACGGUUGGCACACUCCAAGUCCUACGGCGAGUUUGCGAUCCGUCAGCCCGGCCACCACGUUGUCGAUCUCGUCGGAGCCGGAAACGAUCAAUCACGCGUCGCCGACGUAUCGGCUUCUGAACUCGGCCGGCAAAGACAGAAACGCGACGAAGAAGAGCUCGUCGACGAUCACGCUGAGCAACAUCGGGAACAAGCGUAUGCGCGUCGACCACGCGAUGGAUCACCUUGUGACCGAGGAGAUCAUCAAUCUGGACGGCGAACGCGACGACACCGAGGAGACGAUCAAUCUGGACGCCGACAAGACGCAGUCCUGCCACGGCAGCGUCAUCAGCAACUCCAGCAGCGGUCUUUCCGACAGAACGAUGGACGGCGACAGCGAUGAGGACGCGGAGAUGAGCGACGGCGGUGCCGAUCAUCCGGAAGGCGCGCGUCUCACAUCCGGCAGCCGCGACCGCAGAAGAGGCAAGUACGUCAACUCGACCAUCGUGAGGAAACGCCGACUGGCCGCCAACGCGCGCGAGAGGAGACGAAUGCAGAAUUUGAACAAGGCCUUCGACAGACUGCGCGCUUAUCUGCCGUCUCUGGGAAACGAUAGACAGUUAUCCAAAUACGAGACGCUACAGAUGGCUCAAUCCUACAUUACUGCGCUUUACGACCUGUUGCAGUGA